AUUGUUUACAAGGCUGAAUUUGGUAUAAUUUGAUUGAUAAGGAAGGGAUUACUAAAGAUUCUCUUUUCCGAAUAGAUUUUUCAUUUUCCCCUUUCUUUCCUGGAAAACACUUGUCAUUUUUGUUUCUUGUUUGAUGCAAUUUUGAAAGGCUGCAUUCUUCAUGGAACUUGUUAUUAGCAAAUGGGUAUUUGCAUUUUCACUCUUUUCUUGGCUAAUCUUUUCUGUAGCAUAUUCAGUGGAAGGGUUGGAUGAAGAUUCUAAAGUAAGAGGGGUGAACUUAGGAGGGUGGUUGGUUUUAGAAGGUUGGAUUAAGCCUUCUCUUUUUGAAGGAAUUCCCAAUCCAGACAUGCUUGAUGGAACACAAGUUACUUUCAAGUCAGUGAAAUUGCAGAAAUAUGUUUGUGCUGAAAAUGGAGGUGGAAGCGACAUCUCUGUUAAUAGAGAUGCUGCUUCUUCAUGGGAAACUUUUACUUUAUGGAGAGUUUCCGAAUCUGAAUUUCAAUUCCGCACCGUACAAGGCCAAUUUCUAUCAUGUUACGGUAAUGGAUGCGUGGUAUCUGCAACUGCAAAAUCGGCUUCCUCGACCGAAACGUUUCAGAUCGAAAGAAAUAAUGACGAUCGUGUUCAUAUUAAAACAAAAAGUGGAGCCUAUCUGCAGGCUACCAUAGACAAUCAGCUCGUAGCAGAUUAUCCAGGAAAUCCAGGAUGGGAUGAUAAUGCAUCCACAUUCGACAUGUCGAUUGUAGCAAAUAACUUGCACGGAGAUUAUCAGCUCGGUAACGGAUACGGGCAUAACAAGGCGAAGGAGGUUCUCGAGAGACAUAGAAGUACUUUUAUCGAUGCAGGAGAUUUUGAGUUUCUACAUAGAAAUGGGAUAAAUACCGUACGGAUUCCGGUCGGCUGGUGGAUUGCUUAUGAUCCAAAUCCUCCCGCUCCCUUCAUCGGAGGAACGUUAAAAGCUCUUGACAAUGCGUUCUCAUGGGCGCAUGCUUAUAAAAUAAAGUGCAUAAUAGACCUUCAUGCUGCACCUGGCUCCCAAAACGGAAUGGAACAUAGUGCUAGUCGAGAUGGCACAGUAGGCUGGACUACAUCGGAAUCGGUUUCGCAGUCAUUGCACGUCAUAGAUUUUCUAGCUUCCAGGUACGCAAAUCAUCCAGCCUUGCUUGGAAUCGAGCUAUUAAACGAACCAUCCGCAGCAUCAGUUCCAUUGGAUGUAUUAGUUCCAUAUUACAAACAUGGCUACGAAAUCGUGCGGAAACACUCCCCGUCAGCUUACGUGAUCGUUUGCCAAAGAAUUGGCAAUGCAAAUCCAAUAGAACUUUAUCAAGCUGAUAUAGGCUCCCACAACUUAGUGGUGGACUUGCAUUACUACAACCUCUUCGACCCGUUCUUCGUCAACUUGAGCCCUAUCGAGAAUAUCCGGUUCAUAUACGAGAGCAGGGAGUCUCAGAUACAUGCUUUGAAUGAUGCGAAGGGUCCACUUGUUUUUAUCGGGGAGUGGGUGAAUGAGUGGAAUGUUACAAAUGGGACACAAGCAGAAUAUCAAGACUUCGGAAGGACUCAAUUAGAGGUGUAUGAUGCAGCUUCCUUUGGUUGGUCAUAUUGGACUCUCAAAAAUGAUAGGGAGCACUGGGAUUUUGAAUGGAACAUUAAGAACAAUUAUCUCCAAUUAAGUAAUUCAAGGAAGAACGAUAUUUUCAACAGACUAAUAUGGCUUUUAGUUGCAUUGGUAUGGUUCCAUCGAUGUCGAAUAUUGUGACAGACAGCAUCGUUGGAGACCCGGAUAGGUCGAAAACAAACGCAUGCCACAUUUUCUUUUACAUAAUUUUCCCCUAUUUUAUACUCUUUGAUACACCACGAACCAUUACAUUCAUUGCUUCUGCAAACCAACUAUUUCAUUCAUUUUGGCAAAUUUGGAAACGUAAUAACACAGAGCAGAGAUUAUC